AUGAAGGCCCUCGUCCUCAUCGACCUACAAAAUGAAUUCCUCGAUGCGGAGAAAGGCCGCUAUGUCAUCCCCGACUCGUCCAAGAUACCCCUCCUAGAGAACAUCAGGAGACUUCUGCCUGCAUUUCGCUCCCAUGAAUGCAUAAAAGGUAUGGUGUGGGAGGGCGAAAGUCAAGCACAAUCUGAUAAUCUGGUCAUAUGGGUGCGCGCUGAAUACUCGGGCCCGAAUGAAACGAGCCCUGCCCUCGACGCUGCUUCCUCGUCCUCGGACCGGGGACAUCAAGAUGGAGAUGGAGAUGAAGAUGAUAACCUCCCCAUCCGACCCGUUACUGCUACUAGAAGCGCCCAUGAAAACUCCCAUUUCCUUACUGGCACACACGCCGGAAAGACACCCUGCUGUCCGCCAGGUUCGGAGGCCGCGCAGUUCUACCCGGCCAUCACCCCGCUGAUAGACACCGACAGAGACCUCAUCCUAACAAAGACCUGGUUCUCCGCGUUUAAAGAAACAGGGUUAGCGGAGAUCCUGCGAUCCCGGGCUAUCAACGAGGUGUACUUCGCCGGCCUACUCUCGAACGUCUGCGUCCUUGCCAGCGUCACAGACAGCAUCAGACUCGGUGCCACGCACUGGAAAACGCACGUCGUCGUCGACUGCCUGGGUUAUCUACGAGAGAAAAGCCACGUCGCCGCCCUUGCCAAAUUAUCUGCCAUCACCUUCACCCUCACAACCCCUAAUGAGCCAGACGCAGCAGCGCCAGCGGUACCCGCGCCGUUAAUCACCAGCACGCAUUUCCACCCGCAUCCAACCUUCUACUACGUCAACGGCAGCAUCCCCUCCUGGCGCGUGCAGAUAGCCCUACACCAUAAACAGCUCCGAACAAACGACGUCCGCAUGUACGUCAUGCGCACGCCCAAACCGACGCGCUCGCCGGCGUUUCUCGCCAUAAACCCGCGCGGCAAGGCGCCUGUGUUCGUCGACACGGACCCCGCACGCACGCGCACGUGUGAAUCGUUGGCGAUUCUGCUGUAUCUUGAAGAAUACUACCCCGGUACUGCGCUUGCUACUUCUGCGGGUUGUUAUAAUAAUGACAAUCCAUCCCCAUCCCCAUCGGCACCGCCGCUCCUGCCCCCGCGCGACCACCGCCAGAAACGAGCGCGCGUCCUCUGUCUCAUGCAGGAAUCCGAGAAUCUACACUCGGCCUACGACGCGCUGGAAGAUGCAUACUGGGCCGACAAAAAGACCGAGCAGGCCGACGGCCCCUCCUCGCCCUCACUAGCCACAAGGCCAAUAGUGCCCUCAGCCUCCGCAAAAUUCGAAGACUUCAUAAUCAACCAGCGUCCUCUACUCAUCCAAGCCAUCCACGCCGAGCUGGCGCUCUGGGAGACGCAUAUCGCCGCCGCGCACGCGGCGGGGACGAGAUUCCUGGCUGGCACGCACACGCUGUCACUGGCUGAUUGUGCGCUCUACCCGAUCCUGGCGUACAUGGUGCAUCGCGGUUUUGUGUUUACGGAGCGGUUUGAGGGGCUUGAGAGGUAUUAUGGGGAUAUGACCAGGUUGGAGUGUGUGCAGCGGGCGAGGCCUGAGGGAUGGGGGGAUGGGAGGGGGAGGGGGAAGACGGAUGUUUUUGGGGGGAGGUGA